CUUUUCUGAAUAAACGAUCCUCGGAACCACAACAAAUAAUUGCGCAUGCUCACCGGAUGACGAUUCCCCGAGCCUCCACGUCUGAACAUGAGCGGAAGGCAACCAAUCAGAAGCGGCCACAGUGUGUUUGGAAACAACAUUCUGCCCUGCCAAGGUCCCGUAUGACAAAUAUCAGAAAGACGCCUCUCGAUUCAGCUGAGUGUCGCAAGUUUCUCCUUAGAGACAGUUUGCGUUGCUUUUCAUCUGUCAUCUGCUGACAGGUUGUACCGAGAGGCACCUUCUUAUUACAGUUGUCGCGAGUAAACAGUUUUACCGUAACGGGUGAUAGAUUGAAAAUGGAUGUGGGAGACACUGAACAAAAGACGAUUACUCUUUUCAUAAAAACGCCCAACCAGGCUCACGAGAACCAAACCGUCGAAGGCGUGUGUCUGAGCUGGACUGUGAAGGACCUAAAAACGCAUUUGUCUUCUGUUUACCCAACCAGACCGGCGGUGAGUGACCAGAGGCUUAUCUAUGCUGGUAAACUGCUACCCGACCAUCUGCACAUUAAAGAUCUCUUCAGACAGACUGACUCUAUUCCCACACUCCACCUUGUGUGUACUUUUGGGAAUCAACUCCAAGGACAACUGGGUGCUAGACCAAAGACCACAAAGACAGAACAGUCAUGUUCCAGUAGUUCCUCCUCCACAGUCCGGACUCCCAGCACACCAGAGCUGAGGCAGAGGAGGCAGACAUCUCCACCUUCAGCUGCUGCUCCAGCUCACCCACACAUUCCAUUGUCUCCACCAGGAACUCCUUCAUGGCCUUCUGCUGCAGUGCCUGGAGCACCACAGAUGAACCAACCAGCCUUUCCCACCUACUCCCUGUACAGCCCUCAACAGUUACUGUGGCUGCAGCACGUCUACGCUAGACAGUAUUACAUGCAAUACCACGCAGCAUUGGCAGCAGCAGGCACCAUCCCCUCUGCACCAGCUACAACCACUGGCCAGUAUCCACCUGUUCCCGCCCAUCAAGUACCUGUCCCUGCCCCUGCCCCUUUAGCCAAUCAGAACCCCAUCAACAACUUGCCAGCAAAUCAGAACCCAGUGCAGGAUGGUGCUUUCAUCAAUCCCGGUGAGGCCAACCAGAACAUGCGGCUGAACGCGCAGGGCGGGCCUGUAAUGGAAGACGAGGAGGAUGUGGAGCGCGAUUGGCUGGACUGGUUGUACUCGGCUGCAAGAUUCGGCGUUCUGCUCGUGAUCGUGUACUUCAAUUCCAGCCUGAGUCGCUUUCUGCUGGUGAUGGGUGCCCUCCUCUUCAUGUACCUACACACAGCUGGUUGGUUUGCCGUCAGAAGGCGAGUUCAGGUCCAAGGGCCCAACAAUCUGCAGCCCCCUGAGGUCCAACACAACCAGCAGAACGAGAACAGGAACCAAAACCCAAAUCCGGCUGGCGAGCUUGCUGACAGACAGAGGGAGGAACCUGCAGCUGCAGUAGGUGGAUUGGAUGGACGAGGACCAAUGAUGGCAGUUUUAGUGCCUCCUCACAGGGUGUCAGUCAUGUGGACGGCCUGGGUUUUCUUCAAAUCUUUCUUUUCCUCCCUCAUACCCGAGGGUCCUCAGGCUGUGGCCAACUGACCGCCUGGGACAGAUAGAGACAGCAGACUGUUUUGGUUUUUGUUUUUUUGCAAUAAAUCCAUGGAGUUGUUGGCUUGAAAAGCUGGAGUUGUCAACUCAACAAUGAGUAGAAAACAUGGCAUUGUAUGGAUGUGCAUCAACAAUGACUCAGACUUCCCAAAAUGAAACACCAGCAAAACAAGGCAAUACCAGACUCUUGAAUUUCCAAAAAUGUGAAUUGGAAACAAAAAACAAAAGGACAACAACAUCAGACAGCAUCCCCAGCCAUCCCAUUUUUCCUUCCGAAACACACACUGUCUAUUGAGUGUUGGUAAACCCAACCCUUUUUCUGUAUGAGAUGCCCUCAUGAGACAAGUACAGCAGAACAUCAAGACUGCUCCUUUAUCUGUGAAUCAGAAGAUGGCAGCUGAGGAUAAAAAAACAAUAAACUGCUUAUCUGAUGCUGUUAGACAGUUGUGCUGAAAUUAUGGGUUUAUGUACACGGUCUUUCAGAUUCCCUAUUAUUUAAAAUCAGCGUAAAGAAGAAGAAAAUGAUCCAGAUGAAUUCUGUCACACAUAAUGAGUCAUAUUCACUGGAAUUAAAAAUCCAUGCACAGUCAGAACUCAGUGCUGUAUCUAAAGGCUUUCUGAGUGUGAAUUCUGUUUGUCCGGGGACAGAUUUAGCUCUUAACUAGCCCUUAACGCGUGGUGCUUUGGUCUGACCACAGCUGUAAAAGUAAGACAGAUGUUGUUUUCACUUGUUUGACAGACUGUGCUUCUGUCGACCACAGAAUCAUGAGACCAAAAGACUUAGAACUUAAGUUACAGAAUGAAAAUAUUCAACAUGGAAAGGCUUUAAUUUUACAAGAUUUUACAUAUUUUGUUAAGACAACAAAAUAUGAUAUUCAAGUUAUUUUGGCCUUUAUUUGCUUUGGCACAGUCAGUGUUUUAAGUGAAUAAUAUAGCCUCAAUGCCAGCUGACACUGACUGUGACUGGAACUUAGUUCACAAACAAAACUUGACAAGGAGAACAAAUCAUGAACAAAAAUGUCAUCAUUCACACAAUAUAAAAAGUGAACGUCAGGUGAUGGUGAUUGUGACCAAAUACAAAGUGGACUGCUUCCUUCUGCCAAAUUUUUGUUGUCAUAGUUUAAAAAUGUUUUGUAAAUAUAUAUAUAUACACAAAGCACUUUAGAACAUGUAUGUUAUGCAAACAUCUUUGCAUGUAGAGGGGUAAUGACUUCUUCAUGUGUAGAUUUCUAAUAUAUAUCUAAUACUCAGAGGGCUCAAAGGUUUUCUUCCAGAGAGGAGACUAAGUUUCAGGUCAAGUCUAUAAUCAUUCACUUAACAUUACAGAAAAUUGUAAACUUAAGGCAGUGCAGUGAAGCUACUCCACAUCAUUCCUACUGCACCUGCCAUUUUUAAGCAAUUUUAUCUGAUAUUGAUUGAGAAACCAUGGCUUUUACCAUCUUCUCUAAACAAUGUCAUUGUAUAAGGUUUAUUACUCCUUUCAAGUAAAUAAGAUAAAAGUCAGGUCAUAGUAAAGUCAGCACUCUGAUUCCCUUUGGACAGUGACAGUAGUUUGUGACACUGGUCACAAUGUCUAAUUGGAAAUUUUAAUGUUUUAGGUUUUUUUUUGUUUGUUUGUUUGGCUUUGUGUGAGAAUUGCUUAUUGAUGGAUGUGUAGAAUGAAGUGUGUGUUUAGAGCUUGCAAUAAUGGAUGCAAUAAAUAUUCUUAACAGCUUUAA